AUGGAGUUCCUGCCUCGACAGUUUCUGUUAGGAGUCUGCACCGUGGCGCUGGCGAUCGGUCUCGCAGAUGCUGUGCACGGCGAGACAGUGCCGGUGGUGGUCGGCCUGGCCAGGUGCUCCGACUGUACCAGGAAGAACAUGAAUGCCGAGGCAGCUUUCAAAGGUCUUCAAGUGGUGGUCAAGUGCAAGAGCAGCAAGGGCGAGUACGAGAGCAAGGCCGUCGGGCAAUUGGACAAGUCUGGCGCCUUCAGCGUGCCUCUCGCUGCUGACCUUGUAGGCGUGGACGGAGAGCUGAAGCAUGACUGCCUAGCGCAGCUCCACAGUGCGUCGAACAUGCCGUGCCCCGGGCAGGAGCCCUCCAAGAUCGUCGCGGCACCCAGCCACGGCGGCAAGACGGCCUUCAUGGCGCUCGCUGGGAAGGUGCACGAACCGUCAGCGGAAUGCGCCUCGGCGUUCCUCUGCCAUCCGCCCAUGAUCAAGCCGCCCAAGCAUGAUCAUGAUCACCCUCACCUGCCUGGCAUCAAGCCGCCCAAACAUGACCACGAUCACCCCCACCUGCCUAGUAAGCCAAUCCCUCCCAAGCACGAUCACGAUCAUGACCACGAUCUCCCGCCUGCCGGUAAGCCCAUCCCUCCCAAGCACGAUCAUGACCAUGACCACGCUCUACCGCCUGUCGCCAUGCCACCAAAGCCCAUGCCGAUCUACGGCCCGCCAUCCGAACGCAAUGCUGUCACCGACCCACAGCUCUUCAAGAAGAUGCUCCCAUUCCUCAAGAAACUGCCCUUCUUCCCUCCUGCCGAGCAGAACACCAAGCCAUAGAUACUUUGAUCUGUCUUCGGUCUUUCAGUUGCAACCAUGCAGGAUUGUUUCCUUGGCCCUAAGGGGUUUUGUCAUUUCCACUGAAUAAGUUUGUGAGGUUGAUUGUUAGUUUGGCUCAAGAGCACUUCCGUUGCUGGGUUAGGAAUGCGAUGCUAUGCAUUGUAUCUUUGCCUAUUUUGUGUGAACUGUUACUCUUCACUCUUAUGUACUACUAAGCUGUAAUGAGUUGGAAAUAUGAUUGACUUUUAUAUAUCCAACUUUUCCUUGA